AUGGCGCCCCGCACUCCUGCCGCGCUCCUGGCCGGCCUCGUCCUGGCGGCCGUCACCGCGCGGGCGUCCGGCGACGACGCCAGCGGCGCCGCGUCUCCGUCGGAGGACAGCUGCGCGCUCCUGCAGGCGCCGUCCAGGCUCGCGAGCGAGACCGACGAGGACAGCUGCACGCUGUUCAGCAAGCGCGGCCUGGAGUUCUCCUGCGACGUGCGCCCACAGAAGGACAAGAGCGACGCCGGCACCCUCCUCCUGGAGACGGCCGCCCGGCGGGAGCCGGGCGCCGUGGCGCUGCUGGACCUCGGCAUGUCCCACUACGUCAGCGACAUGGCGGGCAGGGGGGACGACGCCGUGGUGUACGUCGUCACCACGGCGCUGACCGACUUUGUGAGCCACGUGCUGCCCAAGGUGAACACGACCUUCAAGCUCGUGACAGGGGACGCCAUCAAGACCCCCGUGAAGGCCCUCGGCGCGGAGGGCUUCCGCCAGCUCGUGGACGACCCGCGCGUGGUCCGGUGGUUCGCGCAGAACUGCGCGGACGGGGAGGACGAGCACCCAAAGGUGGUGCCCGUCCCGCUGGGCAUCGACUACCACACGCUGAAACAGAAGAGGACCAGGCAGCACUGGCUGGCGCGAGCAAGCAUAAGCGGUGGAAGUGUCGGCGCCGUCAGCUUCGAUAUGCUGGAGACGGGAGGCACCACGAAGCGCGAGCAGAGAUCCUGCAUCGCCGCCAGGAUCAGUGAGGCCACGGCCCAGGGGCGCACCCGGGAGGUGGUCAGCGCAGAUGAGGCGAAUGGCGGCAGCUUGGACCCAAUGUUUGUCAAGUCCCUCCAUCAGGGAGAUGCUCUCGCCGCGCUGGUGCACCAGCGCCAGCCAGCGGUGCUCGCCGCCGGGGCGAGCACCCAGGACCGCCCCGCGCGCGAGGAGCCCGAGGGCGGAGGAGGGAACGGGAUGCCAGCUUGGCACUACGGUGCACACGAUGCUGACUCGUGGUCUGCUGGAAUCUCCUGCAAUCGCUUAGAGAUAUGCCCAGUGCAGUAA